CCCUUCCUUUUUUCAGAUUUUUAGAUUAGAUUUUUUUGUUUUUUAAGAUUUUAAUUUGAGAUUAGACGAAAAAAGGCAGCACGAGGCCCACAUUUAGCAUGGAAAACGCCAGCCUGAGCAGGUACACUUCCUCCAAUCGCCAAGCAGCUGACAAGCAGCCCUUGCAGAGAUGGAGAAACUGAGACUUAAUCACUCAGCUGAAACUGAUGUGCACAGAGAUGGGCUUAAGCAGGGUCAUGUUAGCAAGCCGCAUCUCCUGCAAUCUGGUGCUGGAUUUGGAUUAGGAAUUGUUUUCUCAGUCAUCUUCUUCAAAAGAAAGACAUGGCCUAUUGCUUUUGGAUCAGGGAUGGGGUUAGGAAUGGCUUAUUCCAAUUGUCAACAUGACUUCCAGUCUCCGUAUCUUCUCCAUGGCAAAUUUGUAAAAGUAAGAACAGUGACUAAUGGCUAAGACUAUCCCAGUGGGAAGGAAGGAGAAAUCAGUGAUUAUUCCUCAGGAAUACUGAAGUGCCCCUGGAAUAAGCCAACAUUCUUCAGUAACGAUCACCAGUAACUCUUUAUACUCCAACAAACUGUUUCUGUACAUGAAACAAAGUUCUGUUCCUUGUUUUGUAUCUUGUGUCUGGAAAGUGCAAGGAAGAGCUCUUCUGGGAAAUAAAUAAAACAGAAAUGGCCUU